AUGCAGGGCGCAGCCAAUAGGAGAGUGGAGCCGGCUGCAGGUCGCGCCUGUGGGAUGGAGGCAGAUGAGGCGCUGCUGGUGCCGCUGCGGGAGCUGGGGGUGCCUGAGGCGGCGGCGCGCCGGCCGGGGCCGGGCUCACGCCGCUCUCUUCUCUUCCCCCCCCCCCCCCAGGCGCUGGCCCUGACCGGGAAUGUGUCCGCGGAGGCGGCGGCGCAGCUCUACUUCGGUGGCCUGGAGACGCAGGAGCAGGCGGAUGGCGGCGGCUGCUACAAGAUGGUGUUUGUGGUGAACACGGAGCUCGCCAUGGGCGUCGGGAAGAUAGCAGCCCAGGUCGGACAUGCAGCUGUUGGCCUGUACCAGUUAAUACAGGAAAAAUCCACUGGGAGGGAGAUGAUCUGUCAGUGGGAUGAAUAUGGUGCGAAGAAGGUUGUAGUUCAAGGAUCAAACACUGCCCACCUGAUGGAUUUGCAAGCAUUGGCUUUGAGCCUGGAGCUGCCAACAUACUUGGUGCAGGAUGCAGGGAGAACACAGGUUCCAGCUGGAUCUUACACUGUCCUUGCCAUUAUCGGAGAAGAAGAAAUAGUGAAUCAGGUGACUGGGAAGCUGAGGCUGUUGAACUGAGAGCAGCACCAAAGCCUAUUAUUUUGUGCUGUACCUGACUACAUGCCGUGGAAUUUGCAAGCAACCUAUAUGCAAUGUGGAGAAAGAAGCACCUGUUAACAGCAUCUCAGGUCCUUCAUCGAGUCAUGGGAACCAGACAGCUACUCCCCUUUCUGCCUGCUGAAGCUGCAGGGGAAGCAUGAUGCUAGGGUGAGGAGGCAGCACUCUUCCUUCCAUUUGAAGGAGUCUGUCUUGCUAGACCAGGACUGUGAGAGGUAGUAUUGCUGCUCUACUGCAGGUGGAUUAGAGAGACUGCUGCACAUUUCUACCUCUAGCUUCCCUAGAAAUUGUCUUGGAAAAACAAGGCUUGUAUUUUCUGAAACAUGCUUAUGAACAAGAUGAAAUUCUGACAG